ACGCGUCGUUCCGUUUAACCUUAUGUUCAUGUUUAUUCCAACGUCUGUCCUGUCUUCCUUCGUACGCCAAAUCGCCAUUUCUCCCUCACUCGACACACACAUCCAAUGGAUAUGGCGGGCAUUUGUCGCUGUCUGUGGCUGGUCGCCUGGAUGUGCCUCCUGGGCGGCAGCCCAACCAUGGGCGCCGACACCGACUUUGAAACGGGCAUCAACGAGUUUACCUCCAUCUUCCCGCGCAACGAGAUGUAUGCGCCUUCGUAUCUCUUCCCAUUCGUCUUCGCUUUCCACAACUCAGCUGUGACUCGGUCACUGCCCUUCAGCAUCCGCAUCAAUUUGAUGAAGUGGAACGAGAGCACCAGCGACUGGGACGUGAUCGGUGCAACUCCCGUCGACACGGAAAAGCUGGCCAACGCGUCGGACAGCGAGCCGUUCUUUGCCCACCAUGUCUACGGCGACACAUUCAACACAGAGGCCUAUUGGACAUUCUCGUGGAGUGUGUAUUGGUCCACCUGCAUUCAAAAGGGGGAUCUUUAUCCUCUCUUUUCUCGGGGAAGCUAUACAUGGGACCGUGUGUAUUUUACGACAAAGGAAGGGGCCCAGGACCCUGAAGAUAGCCUUGCUGAUGGAGAGUCACAAUGCUCAGAGUUGCAGGGCCACGUGUGGAACAUUACGGAUGGUGUCAGCGAGUACGAUGUCGAUAAAUCUGCCUGCGCCUUCUUCUCGGCCGUGACACCCACUCCACAACCAUGCGAGGCACAGGUCGGUUCCGAGCUCGUAGAGAGCAUCUAUGCCUCGGCUACAGCCAGGGUCUGCCGUUGGGAUGAUUCGAUGAUUGAGUGCCCUGCCGACGAGGGCGACGGGGAAGAUACGGGGGUGAGCAUUCGCGGAAACCUGGCUAUAGCUUGGACGGCAUGCUUGGUUGCUUUUGUCGCUGGCUUCGGCCUUUUUUUCCUGUAAACAAUCAUUAACUAGACAGUACUGUCCCCAAGGAUCCCAAAUAUCAGCGUGUGAACCAUGGCAACAGUGCCAGGAAUAAAACUACCUAUUGCUUCACCUGAGAUAGCGGGUGAAAGAAGUAUCUCUAGGGCCCGCACUAUCUCCGUUUUUUGAUCAACGGACUCGAGCCAAAUGAAAUUCCGCCCUCACAGCGAGUUACUAGUAGUAAAUAGUAUUGA